AUGUUUCCGUUGGCUUCUGCUGCCUACAGUGAUAAUCCACAAGAUUGUUUGGAUAAUCGGUUUGAUGACGCUAAGGUAAGACAUUACAUGUAAGAUAAUAUAUGUAACAAAAGGUUGCUUUACGUGACUUUACUAUUAAUAGGUUGUUCAAGUAAUUCUGUGCUCACUGACCUUAAAAGUUUGUAGUGAGGUAGAACACAAAAUUAUUUGAACACCCUAAAAAGAAAAACCUGUGCAAAAACUACUAAUAACGUUUGAUUUAUACUAAUACAUAACCCACACCCUUCAGCUGAUAGGCAUGAUCCACGUAAAAUGCCAAGACCAACUCAAUACAACCAUGUGUGCUGCCUAUGUAGCUGUUUCUCCCGCUGAUAAGGCUAUUAUUUUGAGUUUUCGUGGAACAAACAACUUUAUACAAUUGAUCACUCAAAUUGGCAAUAUUGCCUUCCUUAAUAAGCAUAAAGCUCCACUGGAAGGUCGUGUAGCUGGCUACUUCUACGAUGUUCAUGCCCAAUUAUGGGAGAAUGGAUUGAACAAGUUGUUCAAGAAGGCAUUGGAAGAGUAUCCUGAUUAUAGUGUUUGGGUAGGUAAUGUUAAAAAUGGCUGAAAAAGCUCCCCUUUACAAAACAUUUAAAAAAAUAUUUUUUGGGCUUACUGUUCAAACCCAGUCUUCGAAACAAGCCCAAUUUUUACGCCGAUUUGUUUCAACUUAAGCUCAAGGCUUAUUCGGCUUGAUCAUAAACAUAGCUGGGCCUACUCGGCUCAUUUCUCAUCCUCACCUUUUUUCUAAACUUAAAUAUCCUCGCUGGCAUUAGUUUUAAAACAAACUUUUAUUAGUUUUUAAAAUUUUUUUAAAAAAUUUAAAUUAAAAAAAUAUAUUUUUAGGUAACAGGCCAUUCUUUUGGAGGAGCGAUUGCUUCAAUUGCAGCUACUCAAAUUAUGGCUGAAUAUAAGUUGUCAUUUUCUAAAGUUAUUCUUGUCACUUUUGGUCAGCCAAGAACUGGAGACGUUGAAUUUGCUAUGUCUUAUUCAAAAUAUGUAAGACUUUUUAUAAUACUAAGUCUUACUAUUAAUAUAAUAUAUUUUACUAUAUCCAACUAAGAACUAUAUAUUAUAGUACUACAUGAAAAUGAUAACUUUGAACUACUAAAUACAAAAAAAAUUCUUAAUGUUUUUUUCAUAUUUCAGAUCCCAACCACUUUCAGAAUCACUCACAAACAUGAUUUAGUACCACAUGUUCCGCCGGUGUUUUUUGCUCAAUAUAAACAUCAUUUGAAUGAAAUUUGGUACCCAAAUAAUAUGGGAAAAAGUGACAGGUUUAUUGUUUGUAAAGGCGAAGAAGAUCCAAAGUGUAGCAACAGUGUUAAGUCACCUAUCUCUGUUCUUGAUCACAACUUUUACUUCAACGAAGCUGUCAUGUUGUUUGGUCCUCAUGGUUGCAAAUGGUCUUCUUAA